GCGGUGUUUCCGGGCAGCGGCGCAGGUGGGCCCCGGCACUGCGGCACCCCCAGCCCGCAGUCCCCGCGCUCCGGGAGCUCGGCCCGGCGAGCGCCAGGACCGCCCCGCACCUCCGGGACCCGCGGGGACACCGCGAGUGUGCACCUGCCUUCCACCCGGACACCCCGGCCGUGCCCCGGAUCCCCAGCCCGGAUCGAGCUCCGGUGCCCCAGCUCGCCCCGUCCGCAGCACCCACGUGGGGAGUGGCACUGCCCCGGCCUGGCAGACUUUGCCCCUGGCACUCGGAGCUGGGUUUGCCCUCCCUGCCGCGUUCCAUGCUGACCCCGGAGGGGCCCUGAGCUCCGCCGGAGGGACACCGACGCUGGUGCUGAGGUGCACAAAGGGCUGGGGUGCCCGCAGCGCUGUGAUGUGAGUGGCACCGCGGGGCUGGGCUGUGUCCCCGGGCGCUGCUGAGGCCAUGCUCCGGCUGCGCCUGCUGACCUGGGACGUGAAGGACACGCUGCUGCGGCUGCGGCAGCCCGUGGGCCAGAGCUACGCGGCCGAGGCCCGGGCCCAGGGGCUGCAGGUGCAGCCCGAGGCUCUGGGGCGCUCCUUCAGGGAGGUGUACGGAGCCCACAGCCGGCGCUUCCCCAACUACGGCCACGGCCAGGGGCUCAGCUCCCGGCAGUGGUGGCUGGAUGUUGUCAAGCAGAGCUUCAGGCUGUCGGGCGUGCAGGACGAGGCAGCCCUGACGAAGCUGGCAGAAAAGCUCUACCGCGACUACUGCAGCUCCCACACCUGGGAGCUGCUGCCGGGAGCCGCCGAGACCCUGGGCCGGUGCCGCCAGCUCGGCUUCCGCAUGGGAGUGGUGUCCAACUUCGACAGCCGGCUGGAAGUCAUCCUCUCACGGUGCAACCUGCGGCACCACUUCGAGUUCGUGCUCACCUCCGAGGCCGCGGGUUUCGCCAAGCCGGACGGGAGGAUCUUCGAGCAGGCGCUGCGGCUCGGCGGGGCCCGGCCCGAGCAGGCGGCUCACAUCGGCGAUGACUACAGCCGGGAUUACCGGGCAGCCCGGGCCGCGGGCAUGCACAGCUUCCUGCUGCGGGCGGCCGGGCACGGCGACGGGCCAGAGGUGCCCCCCGAGCACGUCCUGCCCACGCUCAGCCACCUCCUGGCUCGCAUCGAGAAGGAGUAGCUGCGGUUCGGAGGGGUCCAGCGCUGCUGCCCAGUGCUGAGCUGUUCUGACUGAGAUUUCCUACUGCCAGGUGGGCAGGGAAGAAAAGCAGCAAGUCUGAGCUGCCUAUGGAGCAGGAGGAGUGUUCAUGCAAUAAAACAUUUCUGAUGCCCAGCA